CGGAGUGAAGAGAGUUGUUAUCGAAGAAGAGGGAGCAGAGACGGAGGCAGGAGCAGAGCUUGGGGGUGUGUGAGUGUGUUUGUGAGGUCCCCCCCCCAAAAAAAGGAGCACAACACGGCGUGAAUGAGAGAGGCAAGCUGGCGGAAUUCAACAUGGCAUCAGGCGAUACUCUGUACAUUGAGACAGACGGCUCGGAGAUGCCGGCCGAGAUCGUGGAGCUCCACGAGAUAGAGGUGGAAACGAUACCGGUGGAGACUAUCGAGACCACGGUGGUCGGCGGGGAUGACGACGACGACGACGGGCAGCCCAUGAUCGCGCUCCAGCCGCUGGUCACGGACGACCCCAACUCGAUCCACCACCACCACCACCACCACCACCAGGAGGUGAUCCUGGUGCAGACCCGGGAGGAGGUGGUCGGUGGGGAUGACUCGGACCUACACACGGACGGCGGCAGCGGGUUCGAGGACCAGAUCCUCAUCCCGGUACCGGCUCCCGGGGUGGAGGACGAGUACAUCGAACAGACUUUGGUGACUGUGGCUGGGAAAAGCUCUGUGGGUCGGGUGAAGCGGGGAGGCGGCGCCGGUGGCAAGAAAGCGGGCAAAAAGAGCUAUUUAAGCGGCGCGGAGGCUGGCGGAAGAAAAUGGGAACAGAAGCAGGUGCAAAUAAAGACACUGGAGGGGGAAUUCUCUGUUACAAUGUGGGCUUCGGAUGAUAAUAAAGACAUUGACCAUGAGUCAGUGGUGGAGGAGCAGAUCGUCGGGGAGAACUCUCCUCCGGAUUACUCCGAAUACAUGACAGGAAAGAAGCUUCCCCCUGGUGGCAUCCCAGGGAUCGACCUCUCAGACCCAAAACAGCUGGCUGAGUUUGCCAGGAUGAAGCCCAGGAAAGUCAAAGAGGACGAUGCUCCCCGGACGAUAGCCUGCCCUCAUAAAGGCUGCACAAAGAUGUUCAGGGAUAACUCGGCCAUGAGGAAGCAUCUCCACACCCACGGCCCCCGCGUGCACGUCUGCGCCGAGUGCGGCAAGGCGUUCGUCGAGAGCUCCAAACUCAAACGUCACCAACUUGUUCACACGGGGGAGAAACCCUUCCAGUGUACCUUCGAAGGCUGCGGGAAACGGUUUUCUCUGGACUUCAACCUGCGCACACACGUGCGGAUCCACACUGGAGACCGGCCCUACGUCUGCCCCUUCGACGGCUGCAAUAAGAAGUUCGCGCAGUCGACCAACCUAAAGUCCCACAUCCUCACACACGCCAAAGCCAAAAACAACCAAUGAGAGCCCAUCAUCCACCAGCGUCGAGCUGCCGAUCGGAGGAAAGAAGAAAGCAGCGUCCCGGCGGCACAUGUGGAAAAACCUUCUUCAAAGACGGAAUGAAAAGCUUGAGACUUAAACGAUUUAUAUGAAAAAAAAUCUGAUGGAUUUAAAAAACAAAACAACAACUUAAAAACACUGAAAUUCAGCUAGUUGUCCUGCGUCCCCCCUCUCUUCUGCUGUCAUAAUGGAUGAGGAACACACUGAUUACUCCCCGAAGCUCCCUUUGUUUCUCCAGUGGCAGUCGGCUGCCAGAAGAUGGAACUCAUGGACAAACAUCAGAGACUUAUUUUUACCAGAGUGAGGAGAGAAGCAGCAAUCUAUUAGUAUUUUUAUUUUCUCACAUAGCUUUUAUUUACCUCAAGUGUGCAUAUUGUACACUUGACUCAGGCUAUGUUUAGUACAAUGGUGAGUUUAUUGUUUUUUGUUUUUUGUUUUUUUUUCCUCCUGCAUUAUGAGAUCGUACCUAAAAGGCGUCCAGGCCUUGUGUGACCUGUUUCACAUGUAUGAGAAGUUUAAAAAAAAAAAAAACAACAAAAAAAACCAGCUGUAUGUUUGCAUUUCCAUACCUUUGGUUGUAUUUUUCUCUAACCACAAAAUAACCUUGUAUACUUGUAUUGUAUGGCUGUAUUGAAAUUACGUAGACAUAGAUAGAGGUGUGAUUUAAAGUGUUAACCAAUUAAACUUUUAGUCAUGAGUUGCUUUAUAUUUUCUAUGAACUGUCUUUACACAGACGACUGAGUAAUAUAAACUCAUUCAGAGCGCGUCUCAGUCGAAGUAUCUGGAUGCGCACAUUGGAUUUGACUGCGAGACCAUCACUUUCUUUGUUAGAAUGUAAUGUACAGACGUCAACCAUUAACUUCCUUUGUUGAUAUUUACACACAUGUAUCUCAACUGCCCACAAUAAACUGGGUCAUUCCAACCCUGU